CAUACACAAGAGCAGCCGCAGCAGCGUCUUCGAGUUGAGAGCCGGUGGCUAUCCACUCGGCCGCCUCGUCAGGGGCUGCGACCCCGCUCCCUGCGAGUGAGCCAGCCGGCACCCUCCGGGGACAGGCGCUACCUCGCUCUGGCCCUCCUAGGCGUCUCCUCCUUCCCCACCUCCGCCUUCCCCUCCUCCACCACCUUCCCCUCCUCCACCUCCGCCUCCUUUCCUUCCACCGCGCUGCUCUCCGUCUCCUCCUCGGACGCCUCCCUGCAGCUGCUGACUUGGACCCUGGCGCCUGACAACAUCAACGGCGGGGGUGGCAGCAGCAGCGGG